ACGUCAAGUCUUCCACGGUGGCUCCUCUUCUUACGUGGCAACGCGUCAAGCACCCGGCGAGACACAUUGAGCACAAAGAGACAGAAUAUUCAUUUUAAACAAUAUCACAUUUGCUUUAUUGUUUCGGUUAUUGAUACAGUUAAAGUCCUUCUUUUAAAACAUCAUGGGACUCACGAUCUCAUCGCUCUUUGGGAGACUUUUUGGCAAGAAACAGAUGAGAAUACUGAUGGUGGGUUUGGACGCUGCUGGUAAAACUACAAUACUGUACAAGCUAAAGCUGGGAGAGAUUGUCACCACUAUUCCUACCAUAGGUUUUAAUGUAGAGACUGUUGAAUACAAGAACAUCUGCUUCACCGUGUGGGACGUCGGCGGCCAGGACAAGAUCCGUCCUCUAUGGAGGCACUAUUUUCAGAACACCCAGGGUUUGAUCUUUGUGGUGGACAGUAAUGACAGAGAGAGAGUGGCAGAGUCUGCAGAGGAGCUUGCUAAAAUGUUACAGGAAGAUGAACUGAGGGACGCCGUGUUGCUGGUUUUCGCUAACAAACAGGAUCUGCCUAACGCCAUGGCUGUCAGUGAGCUCACAGACAAACUGGGUCUGCAGAGUCUACGCAGCAGAACGUGGUACGUUCAAGCAACUUGUGCUACACAAGGCACUGGACUCUAUGAAGGACUGGACUGGUUAUCAAACGAGCUCUCCAAACACUAGUGCGCAUGCCGGUGGCGGAGAGAGAGAUAAAGUGUGUGAACUUUAGAAAGACAGAGGGUAUCGGCUUAUAGACUCUGUCCUCAAGAACUUGUGUGUAUGUGUGUGUGUUUGGGAUGUACAGGUGUGGAGGAGCUAUCAAGUGUUUCAGCAUCAUGUCUAAUCUAUCUGUCUUUUUCUAUGCUGUAUUCCUACUGUCCUUUUAAUUUCCCCCUCUUAUAAAUCUUGAUUGUUUUUCUAUGACCGUAAGAUAAUGCUUAAAUUGCACGUUUACUUGAUAACUGUGAGAGCAUUAUGGCACAAGAGAGAGAAGGUUUGGGACGGGACCCUCUCACGCAGGUUUGGAGUAGUUUAAGACCGAGUAACUGCUACGCUCACCUUGAGAUCCCUGUUGCAGCGCUGCCUAACCGGACUCUUCCGGGUCGCAGGACCCACCAUCCUUUAAACAUUCCAUUUCAAGGCAGUUAAUUUGACUCUAGUUGGUUGUUUUGUAAAGCUACACAUUAACUUGUGUGCAAAAGGCUCUUAAAGGGAAAGUUUGCAUCAAAAAUGAAAAUUCUGCCCUCAUGUUGUUUCCUGUAUGAGUGAAUGAUGACAGAAUUUGUAUAUAUUUGGUGAACUAUCCCUUUAUGUUGCAAAAGGUUUAUUUCAGGGACUUUGCCACCAACAGAUUCUUUGAGAUGUUGGAAACAAAAUGGUACAUGAAGUAUUGACAGCAAUAUGGAAUCAUUUAAAUGUUGAACACACUGACGUCUUGCCUCCUGUGGUGUAAAAUACCUCCAUUGAACAGCGUGUGAGUAAAUGUUUUAUUUGAAAGCAUUUGAACGGAUCAGAGUACCUUGCUUGGAAUUUUCUGAGGUGUGAUGUCAUUACAUGUUUGUGGUUGGAAAGGGACGAACUGUUCCAAAAUCCCUGAAUUCUGAACAAUGCAGCUUCAAUCUGCUUCAUACUUGUUGGAAAGAUGCAUGUAUGUUGGCACCUUGGUCAGGGUGCAUUGGGUAAGAAUUUAUGGACACUCCAGUAAACCAAUAAGGUCCUUUUUUCCUGUCAAGGUGAGCAGGAAAAGGGCUGUUCUGAUCUUCUACAUUUACCCAUGAUGGCAUAUGCCCUACCUUUACUCGAACUGUGCCACAAGGUCCACCCCUGUGAGAGAAUAAAGAUCUGAUAAAA